ACCGGCGAGAGUUCGGUUGAGAGGGUGCUGGAUGGUGGGGGAGUACCACUGAUGAGAGAGCGGGCGAAAGAAGGGACUGUUUUAUCGCACAUUGGAGGACUGUUCCAUCUAUCUGAGGGAUACGGCUAAACAGCGGGACAGAGUUUCUUUGAACACUGCGUGUGGUGGCCUAGUGCAUUUUGCUUCUGGUCUCCAGCAGCAAUGUCACAGAGGAGCGGGCAAGAGGACCCGGAGCGGUACCUGUUUGUGGACCGCGCUGUGGUCUACAACCCAACUGCCCAAGCCGAUUGGACAGCCAAGAGACUGGUAUGGAUCCCGUCGGAACGCCACGGGUUCGAGGCUGCCAGUGUUCGUGAGGAGCGUGGAGAUGAGGUGGUUGUGGAGUUGGCAGAGAAUGGGAAGAAGGCGGUGGUUAAUAAGGACGACAUCCAAAAGAUGAACCCACCUAAGUUUAGCAAAGUCGAGGACAUGGCUGAACUCACCUGCCUGAAUGAAGCGUCUGUACUUCACAACCUCAAGGAUCGCUACUAUUCUGGCCUCAUAUAUACAUACUCGGGUCUUUUCUGCGUGGUCAUAAAUCCCUACAAAAACCUGCCCAUCUACUCAGAGAACAUCAUUGAGAUGUACAGGGGCAAAAAGAGGCAUGAAAUGCCCCCUCACAUCUACGCCAUCUCAGAGUCUGCAUACAGAUGCAUGCUUCAAGAUCGAGAAGAUCAAUCUAUUCUUUGCACAGGUGAGUCUGGAGCUGGCAAGACGGAGAACACAAAAAAGGUCAUUCAGUACCUCGCACACGUUGCCUCCUCCCACAAAGGAAGAAAAGAUCACGUCCCUCCAGAAUCACCCAAACCAGCGAAGCUACAGGCACAAAAUGCCGUUAGUGGAACCCUGUUUUAUGGUGAAUUGGAGCGUCAGCUUUUACAAGCCAACCCCAUCCUUGAAUCAUUUGGGAACGCUAAGACGGUGAAAAAUGACAACUCGUCACGAUUUGGAAAAUUUAUCCGGAUCAACUUCGACGUCACCGGAUACAUUGUUGGAGCCAAUAUUGAAACCUACCUACUGGAGAAAUCCAGAGCUAUUCGUCAAGCCAAAGAUGAACGCACCUUUCAUAUUUUCUACCAGCUAGUUGCUGGUGCUGGAGAGCACCUCAAAUCGGAUCUGCUUUUGGAAGGAUUCAAUAACUACCGUUUCCUGUCCAACGGUAACAUCCCAAUUCCAGGGCAGCAGGACAAGGACAACUUCCAUGAGACCAUGGAGGCCAUGCAUAUUAUGAGCUUCGCCCAUGAGGAGAUUCUGGCCAUGUUAAAGGUGGUGUCCUCAGUGCUUCAGUUUGGUAACAUUGUAUUCAAGAAGGAGCGGAACAGUGACCAAGCUUCUAUGCCAGACAACACUGCUGCUCAGAAGCUGUGUCAUCUUCUGGGUAUGAAUGUAAUGGAAUUUACCAGAGCUAUACUUUCACCAAGAAUCAAAGUAGGAAGAGACUACGUCCAGAAAGCUCAGACUAAAGAGCAGGCUGAUUUUGCUGUCGAAGCCUUGGCUAAAGCAACAUAUGAGCGUCUGUUCCGCUGGCUGGUUCAUCGCAUUAACAAGGCUCUGGACAGAACCAAACGUCAGGGAGCUUCCUUCAUUGGCAUCCUGGACAUUGCUGGUUUUGAGAUUUUCCAGUUGAAUUCAUUUGAGCAGCUGUGCAUCAACUACACAAACGAGAAGCUGCAGCAGCUCUUCAACCACACCAUGUUUGUCCUGGAGCAGGAGGAGUACCAGAGGGAGGGCAUCGAGUGGAGCUUCAUCGACUUUGGCCUCGACCUGCAGCCCUGCAUUGACCUCAUCGAAAGACCGGCAAACCCUCCUGGUGUGUUGGCUCUGCUGGAUGAGGAGUGCUGGUUUCCUAAGGCCACAGACAAAACCUUUGUAGACAAGUUGAUCCAGGAGCAGGGCACUCACACCAAGUUCCAGCGACCCCGUCAGCUCAAAGACAAGGCCGACUUCUGCAUCAUCCACUACGCCGGCAGGGUGGACUACAAGGCUGAUGAGUGGCUCAUGAAGAACAUGGACCCUUUGAAUGACAACGUGGCCACACUUCUGCAUCAGUCCACUGAUAAAUUUGUGGCUGAACUGUGGAAAGAUGAGAUUCAGACCAUUCAAAGGGCUUCAUUCUAUGACAAUAUCACUAGUCUGGAUGAGCCAGCAGUCGAUCGGAUCGUUGGCCUGGACCAGGUGGCAGGAAUGAACGAGACUGCGUUUGGUGCCACCUACAAAACAAAGAAAGGCAUGUUUCGCACUGUGGGACAGCUCUACAAGGAGUCGCUGACCAAGCUCAUGGCCACACUGAGGAACACCAACCCCAACUUCGUCCGCUGUAUCAUCCCAAACCAUGAAAAAAGAGCUGGUAAACUAGAACCUCACUUGGUCCUGGACCAGCUCAGGUGUAAUGGAGUUCUCGAAGGGAUUCGCAUCUGCAGACAGGGCUUCCCCAACCGCAUCGUCUUCCAGGAGUUCAGACAGAGAUACGAGAUUCUGACGCCCAAUGCAAUCCCCAAGGGAUUCAUGGAUGGGAAACAAGCUUGUGAGAGAAUGAUUCAAGCCCUGGAGCUGGACCCCAACCUCUUCCGUAUUGGUCAGAGUAAGAUCUUCUUUAGAGCAGGCGUGCUGGCUCACUUGGAGGAGGAGAGGGAUCUGAAGAUCACUGACAUCAUUAUCUACUUCCAGUCUGUUUGCCGUGGAUACUUGGCACGCAAAGCCUUUGCUAAGAAGCAGCAGCAGCUCAGUGCACUGAAGGUCCUUCAGAGGAACUGUGCUGCUUAUUUAAAGCUGCGUCACUGGCAGUGGUGGAGACUCUUUACCAAGGUGAAGCCUCUGCUACAGGUCACCAGGCAGGAGGAGGAGCUACAAGCCAAAGACGAGGAACUAAUAAAAGUAAAGGAGAGGCAGCUCAAGGUGGAAAAUGAACUAGUGGACAUGGAGCGAAAACACCAGCAGCUCCUGGAGGAGAAGAAUAUUCUAGCAGAGCAACUCCACGCAGAGACUGAACUGUUUGCUGAAGCUGAAGAGAUGAGAGUUCGUCUUCUGUCAAGAAAACAAGAGUUGGAGGAAAUACUUCAUGAUCUAGAGUCCAGGGUGGAGGAGGAGGAGGAGAGGAACCAAAGCCUACAGAAUGAGAAGAAGAAGAUGCAGUCACACAUUCAGGACCUGGAGGAGCAGCUUGAUGAGGAGGAAGCUGCAAGACAGAAGUUACAGUUAGAUAAAGUGACAGCUGAGGCCAAAAUCAAGAAGAUGGAGGAGGACAUUCUGCUGCUGGAGGACCAAAACUCCAAGUUCCUCAAGGAGAAAAAGCUGCUGGAGGACAGGAUCAAUGAGAUGACCUCUCAGCUGGCGGAGGAGGAGGAGAAGGCAAAGAAUCUUGGCAAAGUCAAGAACAAGCAGGAGGUGAUGAUGGUCGACCUGGAGGAGCGUUUAAAAAAGGAGGAGAAAACUCGCCAGGAGCUGGAGAAGGCCAAACGCAAACUGGAGGCUGAAACAACUGACCUACAGGACCAGAUUGUUGAGCUCCAGGCUCAGAUAGAGGAACUGAAGGCCCAGUUGGCCAAGAAGGAGGAGGAACUGCAGGCUGCUUUGGUCAGGAGUGACGAGGAGGCCCUCCAGAAGAACAACGCUUUGAAGCAGGUCCGGGAGCUGCAGGCUCAGCUAGCUGAGCUUCAGGAAGAUCUGGAGUCUGAGAAGAUGUGUCGGAAUAAGGCUGAAAAGCUCAAGAGGGAUUUAAGCGAAGAGCUUGAGGCUCUGAAGACGGAGCUGGAGGACACACUGGACACCACUGCUGCGCAGCAGGAGCUCAGGACCAAGCGAGAACAAGAGGUGGCAGAGCUGAAAAAGGCCAUAGAUGAGGAGAGUAAAAACCACGAGGCUCAGAUCCAGGACAUGAGGCAGAGGCAUGCCACAGUGCUGGAAGAACUGUCUGAACAGCUGGAACAGGCCAAGAGAUUCAAGGCCAACCUGGAGAAGAGCAAACAGAGUCUGGAGAAUGACAACAGAGAGUUGACCUGCGAGGUCAACGGUCUUCAGCUAGCAAGGACUGACUCAGAACACAAGAGAAAGAAACUGGAGGCCCAGCUGCAGGAAUUUAUGUCCAGAGCCACCGAGGUGGAGCGGGUCAAGGGGGAGCUGGCUGAGCGCUCCAACAAGCUCCAGACGGAGUUGGAUAAUGUGUCUGCUUUGCUGGAGGAAGCAGAGAAGAAGAGCGUCAAACUGGCCAAGGAAGUUGACAACCUGAACAGCAAACUGCAAGACUCAGAGGACCUGCGACAGGAGGAGACUCGUCAGAAGCUGAAUUUAAGCGGCCAAAUCCGCCAGCUAGAGGUGGACAAGAACACGUUGCUGGAGCAGCAGGAGGAGGAUGAGGAGGCACGGCGCAACCUGGAGAAACAGCUGCAGUCAGUGCAGGCUCAGCUGUUCGAGACUAAGAAGAAGCUGGACGAGGAUGUAGGAGCAAUGGAGGGCAUGGAGGAGGUGAAGAAGAAGCUCCAGAAAGACCUGGAGCUAGCUCACCAGCACCUGGAGGAGAAGACCAUAUCCUUGGACAAGAUGGAAAAGACAAAGAACAGACUGCAGCAGGAGCUGGAUGACCAGGUGGUGGACCUGGACCACCAAAGACAGAUAGUGUCCAACUUGGAGAAAAAGCAGAAGAAAUUUGACCAGAUGCUGGCUGAGGAGAAGACCAUCUCUGCUCGCUAUGCUGAGGAGCGAGACCGGGCUGAGGCUGAGGCCAGGGAGAAGGAGACCAAGGCACUGUCUAUGGCCAGAGCUCUGGAGGAGGCGUUGGAGGCCAAAGAGGAACUGGAGAGGUUCAACAAGCAGCUUCGUGCUGAAAUGGAAGAUCUGAUAAGCUCCAAGGACGAUGUGGGAAAGAAUGUCCACGACCUGGAGAAGUCCAAGCGCACCCUGGAGCAACAGGUUGAGGAGAUGAGAACCCAGCUGGAGGAGCUGGAGGAUGAGCUCCAGGCCACAGAGGACGCCAAACUGCGUCUGGAGGUCAACAUGCAGGCCAUGAAGGCUCAGUUUGAUCGAGAUGCGCAGGCCAAAGACGAGCAAGGAGAGGAGAAGAAGAGGGCACUGGUCAAACAGGUACGUGAGAUGGAGACAGAGUUGGAGGAUGAGAGAAAGCAGAGAACUCUGGCUGUCGCUGCCAAGAAGAAGCUGGAGAUGGACCUCAAUGAGCUGGAAGGACAGAUUGAAGCUGCCAACAAAGGGAGGGAAGAGGCUCUAAAACAGCUCAAGAAACUCCAGGCUCAAAUGAAGGACUAUCAGAGGGAGCUGGAGGAGGCCAGAGCCUCCAGGGAUGAGAUCUUCACUCAGUCUAAGGAGAACGAGAAGAAGCUCAAGAGCUUGGAAGCGGAGAUAUUACAGCUGCAGGAGGACCAAGCAGCAGCGGAGAGGGCGCGUCGACACGCUGAGCAGGAACGGGAUGAGCUGGCCGACGAGAUUUCAAACAGCGCCUCUGGAAAGUCGUCACUGCUGGAGGAGAAGAGGAGGCUGGAGGCUCGUAUCGCCCAGUUGGAGGAGGAGCUGGAGGAGGAGCAGGGCAACAUGGAGAUGCUCAACGACCGCUUCAGAAAGUCCACCAUGCAGGUCGAAACCCUGAACACUGAGCUGGCCGCGGAGCGUAACACCGCCCAGAAGAGUGAGAACGCGCGGCAGCAGAUGGAACGGCAGAACAAGGAGCUGAAAGCCAAGCUGGCGGAGUUGGAAGGAGCUGUCAAGUCGAAGUUUAAGGCAACCAUCACUGCACUGGAGACCAAGAUCCUGCAGAUGGAGGAGCAGCUGGAGCAGGAGACAAAGGAAAAAGCAGCAGCCAACAAAACUGUCCGUCGCACUGAGAAGAAGCUGAAGGAAGUCAUGAUGCAAGUGGAUGAUGAGCGUCGUCAUGCCGACCAGUACAAGGAGCAGAUGGAGAAGGCCAACUCUCGUCUGAAGCAGCUGAAGCGCCAGCUUGAGGAGGCGGAGGAGGAGGCCACCAGGGCCAACGCUUCUCGCAGGAAGCUGCAAAGGGAGCUGGACGACUCUUCUGAGGCCAACGAGGGUCUAACCCGGGAGAUCACGUCCCUCAAGAACCGCCUCAGACGCGGGGGUCCCGUCAGCAGCUUCUCCUCCAGCCGCUCAGGGCGCCGCAACCUCAAUCUGGACGGCGCCUCUGUCGAUAUGUCGGACGACGACGCCGACAGUCGCUCCGGCGACUUCAACGAGACCCAAACCUCCAACGCCGAGUGACCGCAGUGACCCGGUCACGUCGCCCCUCUACCCGUCAUCAGCACCCACUACUUCACCUCAUCCACCUGUGACUGCACCCUGUUUUCCCUUCCCAACAUGCUCUGCUUCGGCUUUUCUAUGGAGUCACUGACGGGACAGGAGAUCGGAGCGACUAGCUGUCGUUGGGUGAAGCCAGGCAGAGCUGCUGUUUUUCUACCCGUUAACACUGCAGGGAAAGUCUGCGUCCUCCCUGAGGUCUCCCUUCAGCCGUGGAGGGUCACGGAGGCCAAUGGACAGGUCUGCCUUACUCCUCUGGCAAGCUGCUAGUCUCCUUGGCCAUGUAUCAUCUCAGCAUCAUAAAAUAACACACCGUCCCAUCAGUGAACCCACCUGCUCAGCUUAGUGAGAAGUGUUUGCUUAGAAAAAAGUGCUUUUUAUACUAAGGAACCCGCGUGCGUGGUGUCGGUGGAGGCUGUGACGUGUCUGUAAACUCACUCUGUACUGGACACGCAGGACUACGAGGAUUUCACAGAUGUUGUUUCACAUGUUUUACUCACUAGUUGUGAAAAGGCCAUUCCACAUAUCCCUUCUUCCCAGUGUUCACACUGUCGAUCUGUUCACUGUGGCCACCGGGCCGCACAGGGUACAGAUGGCAACACUACAGAAACAACAAGCAUCAGGGGAUGUGGCAACGUGGAUGAGAAGUGUGCUACUGUGGGAAAAAAAAGGUAUAUUAUUUUGUGUCUCAUCUCAACAUUUAAUGAAGGAAUGUCAAGCUGGGCUUUAACUGGUUUUAAGCUUAUUGUCCUCCAGUGUGUGUUGGCCGGAGCUGCCAAUGAUGCUGGAAAAUGCACAGAACUGCACAGGAAGACGUUUGAAUUUUAACAGGAAUGAAGCUCCUACAGAAGCACUAAAGUGGUUCUCACUCAUUUUCAAUGUAACACUAGGUGGUUACAGCUUACGGGAAACGUGUGACUUGUUUAGACAGGAGACUGAAGGUAGUCAUCUUCUCUGUGUUUGUGCCUCACCUCACUUUAUGUUCAGGUCAGCCAAGUCUGAUUCUCAGCGAUCUCUGGAAACUUGAUUGUUUAUCAACUGUUCUGAAGGUUUUCCACCGAAAUCUUUCAAUACAGUCAGCGUGGUACAUUUGAAGAAUUUUUAACAAUUAAGUCUGCUCAGUAAAAUGGGAAAUGGAAACAUGCUUCACUCAGUUUGUGAUAAAAUAUAAACAGUUAUUUUAGUUAAAUGUGUGAAUAUUAAUGCCACAUUUUACUCCUUAUCUGAAUAUUAUGUUUGUGUCAUACUGUACGAGCUUUAGAUUGGUUACAAAUGCAAGUCCAAACAAUCUCACCUUGUUCACCACCGGUGGUUGUAGUAGUUUCUGUCUCGGUGCCUGUUGAAAGUAGAGGUUAGUGAGACGGAAACAAAAUGGAAGUGUUAAUUAUUCCUCCAGGGUUUUCACUGACUGAUAAAAUGAGUCAGGGCAGCGUGGUGCCAUGAUUUACUAAGUUAAAUCCUGACUCCUCAGACGUUUCACUGACAUAAUCAAGCACUUAGUAUCCAGAAGUCGUCUGAAAAUGCUUUGAAAUUUUCAUUGACGUUCUUUCGAGUAGUAUUUUAGUGAAUUGAGAUACAACAGCCGCCUCAACCGUUGAACCACAACAAUGUGAACACUAAAUUAGGGACCCACCUCCACCCUUUACUCUACAUUUAGUUCCUUUCCCGUAUUUAGGACAUGCCGAUCAGGACGGUCGUCGUCUUUGCCCUUCCAACGUUAACACUUAACGGUAUGUUUCUUUAAAAGUGCCUUGGACACUAAGAACAUCAGCGGUCGAGGGUUCCAUCCUGAUGUGAAAACACUCCGAAAAACUGGCACAUCAUGAAAAUGCUCACACUUAAUCUUUGUUUCUUUUUGUAUUUUUGCUGUGCUUCAUAUCAUAUCCGCUGUGUACCUCCAUGUUCUUUAUAACCUAGUUAGGAAGCUCGGGUCAAAACCUGCAUUACCAUUAGCUACAUUAAAAGCAGGCAGCUGUAGUUCCCCAAAUAGUUUUUGUGCUGAGAUGUAUUUCCCCUGUUGGUCCCACAGGCGAGGUCUUAGCACUGGAGGUGUUUGGGGAGUGAGUCAUAGCACAGGAUUUCAUUUGGUUGGAAGCUUUAACAUCCACACGUAGUCGACGAGCAGGCGUUCAGCUGCAGACGCCCUCCGUUUGUUUCUGGUUUACCUGUAUUUCUAGACAGUAUUUUUUCUGUUUUGUUUUGUAAAAGGAAAAUAAAGCAUAUUCAUUGUAGCUGA